CCUCCAUCAGCCCGCUGUUUGCAUCGUCCCAGGUCAAAAUCAGAGGCACGUCGUCGUCCCCGUCCGCCAUCCCGCUGAACCGGAGAAAUGGCCAGAGGAUCCCAGUUUUAGAGGACACACAAUCUAACAUUCCAAUUAUGGCCUUAAAAUCAGCUGUUCUUACUUCAGAAGACGGCAUACUGUCCGACACACUUGCACCCAACAUCCCAACCAAAACCAAAACAGACUUCGUAAGGUUUGUCAGCCCCUCCAGAAAGACUCUGGCAUCUUUGGAUGCACAGCUCAUUAUUGGGGUACUAGAGGAUUGUAUUCAGCAAAUGGGUAUAGUCUGUGUUCUGCCCACUAUACUCAGCUGUCCAGAAACACUUUCAGUGAGCUUGGGGGAGGAGGUGGUCAAGGCCCUGAAAAAGCACCAUGCACUUGAAGAAAGGUACCAAGCUAUGAUGCUUGAUAAAAAUGUUGCUGGAAAUGAUAUGGAGGAACAACAAGGCAAGUCAAUAAAGGAAGUUCAGGAUUCCCUCCGGAACAUUCUGCGACUGCUUAGGCGGUUUCUGAAAACUGGGAAGAUGCUUGAAGAUGUAGGGCCUAUAAAAGGGGAAGAGAUGGGGUCUCGAAAGCUGAGAGAUGGUCUGUGUGAGUUAAAAGAAGUUGUGCUGGAAAGGCUGCUCACAACUUCAGCCGAGGAGCAAAAACGCAGCAAGACAAUGGAGGAAGUCAGACAACGGCAUAAUAAGAACCAGGAGCAGGUAGACUCAUUGGAAAGAGAUGUUGCAUUGGCAAUAAAAAAUAGGGACACAGAGAUCUCUACAUUGACCAGGCAAAUGCAAGAGCUAAAAAACUCAUUGCAUCAAAUGGAACAGGGCUUGGAGGAGUAUGUGGUCCGAACUCAACAGGAAGCUGAGAAGCAGAGCCAGUCAGAUAGGAACACUUCAGAGGGGAAGAGGGCUCACAUGCAGCAGGACGCCGAUCACAAGAGAGCUCAGCUAAAUAUUGCUAUCGCAGACCACAGAGAGAAAGAACUGGCACUAAGAAAGAAAAAACACAAGAUGGUAACAGAAAUUGAGAACUUGAUCCAAAAAUAUGAUGCUGAAAUGGGAGAGAAACAGACAGAGUUGGAGAAAAUUUCUCGCAUAUAUGAGGAGGAGAAGGCAGAACUAAAAGAGCUGGAGGAACAUUGUGCCAAUCUGGACCUGGAGUACUCCCAGAUAAUGGAGGAGCGACAGGAGGCACAGGAGCAAAGGGAACAGCAGGAGAGAGAAAGAGAGUUGCACAGCCGAGCCGCCAUUGUCAUCCAGGCCCACUGGAGAGGUUUUUGUGUACGCAAGGCCAUGAAGGCUAAAGAAAAGCCCAAGAAAGCAAAGAAAGGAAAGGGGAAAAAGGGCAAUGCAAAGAAGAACAGAUGAAAAA